CAGGAAGCUGUUUGUGGGCAUGUUGAAUAAGCAGCAGACAGAAGAGGACGUGUACCGUCUGUUUGAGCCCUACGGAGUGAUUGAAGAGUGCACCGUAUUACGAGGCCCUGAUGGAAACAGUAAAGGUUGUGCCUUUGUAAAGUUUUCGACACACACCGAGGCUCAGUCUGCCAUCAGCGGGCUGCACGGGAGUCAGACCAUGCCUGGGGCUUCGUCGAGUUUGGUGGUAAAGUUCGCUGACACUGAUAAAGAGAGGACCAUCCGCCGCAUGCAACAGAUGGUCGGGCCAGUUUGGCAUCUUCAACCCACCAUUAGCCCUGCCGUUCAGCACCUACAGCAGCACCUACAGUACUUACACGCACGCGGUGAGCACACGUCUCUAAAGAAUCAAACACUGUGUGCCUUUGCGCCGUACGGGGUCUAACGGCCUCAGAUUAACGACCGCUGUCCUUGUCUGAAGCCGUUUUUCGCUUUCACUACGCCGCUGAAUAAUGCAUUAACAUAAUUUCAA